AUGGAACCUAACAAUGUUGAGAAUGACGAGGGUGAUUGUGAUUGGAAGCCUAGAGUGCACAUGACAUUUGAUACAGAACAAGAAGCAUAUAAUUUCUAUAAUGCUUAUGGAGGAAGGAUGGGGUUUAGUAUUAGAAGGGGUUAUGUAAACAAGAACAAGGAGGGGCAAAUCACUUCAAGGCUAUUUGUUUGUAAUAAGGAGGGGUUUCGGGGUAUAGACAAGCGAGAUCCAUUAACAAAAAAUCCUAGGCAAGAAGUGAGGACUGGUUGUCAAGCCCGACUAAUCAUUAAGUGGGAUAGGAAUAUUCAUAAAUUUUUUGCAGCCGAAAUAGAUUUAGCUGAAAAAUCUGGAAUCCGGCUUAAUGCUGCAUUUGAGCUCAUGGGUAAUGAAGCUGGUGGAAGGGAGUCGCUUGGGUUCACAAAAGUGGACCAAAAAAAUUAUUUGAGAACGAAGAGGCAAAAGAGUUUAGCAUAUGGGGAGGCAGGUAGCAUUUUGCAAUAUUUUCGUGAGAAGACAUUGGAGAAUCCAUCUUUUUUUUACUCGGUCCAAUUAGAUAGUGAGGAGCAGAUUACAAACAUAUUUUGGGCCGAUGCUCAGAUGAUCAUGGAUUAUGGGCAAUUUGGUGAUGUUGUCACUUUCGACACUACUUACAAGUUAAAUAGUGCACAUAGACCAUUUGCGUCUUUCGUUGGAUUUAACCAUCAUAGGAAAACUGUUAUAUUUGGCGCAGCUUUAAUGUAUGAUGAGACUGCUGAUUCUUUUAUAUGGCUUUUUAGAAGAUUCUUGGAGGCAAUGUCAAGUAAGGCUCUGAAAACAAUUUUUACGGAUCAAGAUGCUGCAAUGGCUAAGGCCAUACCUAUUGUCAUGCCUAACACAAAACACCGCCUUUGCACUUGGCAUUUGAUGCAAAAUGCAUUAAAGCAUGCAAAUACUAUCUUCAAUGAUAAGGAGCAUGCAAAUUCUAUCUUCAAGGAUAAGGAGGUGAGGGAUAAGGGGAUGAAGAGUGUUUUAUCCAAAUUUAUGUACGCCAUUGAGGAUAAGGAUGAUUUUACGUUAAAAUGGGAGGAAAUGCUUGACAAGUAUGAAGUGCAAGAUAAUCAUUGGUUGAAGUUAACAUUUGGAGUCAAGGAAAAAUGGGGUUGGCCAUAUGUUAGAAAUGCAUGGGGUGCGGGUAUGAGUAGCACCCAACUUAGUGAAUCCUUUAAUGCAUUCUUGAAGGAUUUCAUUCAGUCUGAUCAUAACUUAAUGCAAUUUUUCAUGCAUUUUGAUCGAGUUCUUUGUGAGAAGAGGUACAAAGAGUUACAAGCCGAAUAUGCUCUAUGCCAAAAGUUGCCGAGGGUGAAAAUUAAAGUGAAGAUUAUGGAGCAAGCUGCAGAUGUUUACACAAAUAAAAUUUAUGAAGAAUUUCAAGAUGAGUAUAUCAAGUCCCUUGAAGUAAACAUUGAAGAAACUGAAAUUUGUGGUGAGAGUACCAUUUAUACGGUUCUUGAUAGUGAUGGUGUAAAGGUGAGGAAGGUGACAGUGGAGUGUGAUGGUUCACUCACUUGCAAUUGUAGGAAAUUUGAAAUGAAAGGCAUUUUGUGUAGUCAUUGUUUGAAGAUCCUUAGAGAAAGCCUCAAAUUCAAAGAGAUUCCUUCCCAAUAUAUUCUGAAGAGAUGGACUAAAAAAGCAAGAGCUGAAAAUGUCAAAGAUAGGUGUGGGCAUGAUAUUAAGGUUGAUGUAAGAUUGCAUCAAACUUCACGCUUUAGAUCAUUGAUGGCAAUUUUCAGAGCAGUAGCGUGUAGAGCUUCCGAAAGUGAGGAAACAUAUAACUUGACGGUAGAGAAAGCGGAUGACUUAAUUGCAAACAUUGAAAGCAUGUUAAACGCAAAAUUCAAUAUGCCUUUCUCAGAUACUAUUGAACAUGAAAGCCCUCCUGACACAUGCCUCGAAAGCUUUGAAGUGGAUGGUGUAGUGGACACAAAUGUAGUUCAAGCAAAAGGACUCAAACGAAAAGAGUGCACUAGCAAGGGACGAAGGCGGACAAAAGGUGGUUUGGAGCUUGCGUUGGCAAAGAAAAUUAAAACAAGUUUACAUAAUGCUUCUCAAACUCCCAUGUUUGUUGCUCCUCAACCUAGUUCACACAAUGCUUCUCAAACUCCCAUGUCUGUUGCUCCUCAACCUCCUCCCUUAUUUUCGACGAGUGCUCCUGAACCAUCUCCCUCAUUUUCACCGAGUAUUCCUCAAUCAGCUCCUUUAUUUUCAAUAAGUGCUCCUCAACUUCCUCCAUUCUCGACGUGUGUUCCUCAAGUUAAUGCUUCAUCUACUCAAUUUAUGUAUCCCGCCUAUGAUCCAAGUUAUCUUCGUCACAAUAUGCAUUUUUCAAUGCCAUCGAUGUAUUCGGUCCAUGGAAGCUAUCAAGCCUUGCUUAACAAUGCAAGUGGUUAUGACUCGCAAGCCUCGAAUAGUCCUGCAUAUAGUGAAGUACUAUAUGGGCAUGGGCGUGGUCGUGGGCGUGGCGAAGGCCAUGGGAAUGUGGAUCACACGUCAAUAUCGUAG